AGAUCAAAUACACAAAUACUUUUGCAGGAACUUGUGCAAGCUGGAAAAGACAUUGAAAGUGCAUAUUGGGAACUUGUUGUGAAGGAUAUACAGGAUGCAUGCAAACUCUUUGAGCCAAUUUAUGAUGAAACUGAUGGUGGUGAUGGGUACGUGUCUGUCGAAGUGUCACCUGGACUUGCUGAUGAUACUCAGGGGACUAUAGAAGCUGCAAAGUGGCUUCAUAAAAAGGUUCAGCGUCCUAAUGUUUACAUCAAGAUUCCUGCUACUGCUCCAUGCAUCCCCUCAAUCAAGGAAGUGAUUGCAUCAGGAAUUAGCGUGAAUGUUACGCUCAUAUUCUCUCUUGCUAGAUAUGAAGCAGUUAUUGAUGCUUACCUGGAUGGCCUAGAGGCCUCUGGACUAUCUGAUCUCUCUCGAGUUACAAGUGUUGCUUCUUCUUUGUUAGUCGAGUAGACACCCUUGUUGACAAGAUGCUCGAGAAAAUUGGAACUCCUGAAGCUCUUGAUCUCCGUGGGAAGGCUGCAAAUGCUCAAGCAGCUCUAGCCUACCAGGUCUACCAGAAAAAGUUCUCUGGUCCAAGAUGGGAGGCUUUGGUGAAGAAAGGUGCCAAGAAGCAAAGGCUGCUGUGGGCUUCAACCAGUGUGAAGAAUCCGGCAUACCCUGAUACUUUAUACGUGGCACCUCUCAUUGGACCUGACACGGUAUCCACCAUGCCGGAUCAAGCUCUUCAAGCAUUCAUUGACCAUGGUACUGUCGGAAGGACGAUUGACGCAAAUGUGUCCGAAGCAGAGGGUAUUUAUAGUGCCUUGGAGAAGUUGGGAAUCGCGUGGAGCUACGUGGGUUCUCAACUUGAGCUUGAGGGAGUGGAUUCUUUUAAGAAGAGCUUUGACAGCUUGCUUGACAGUCUGCAAGAGAAGGCAAAUUCUCUCAAUCUAGUGAGCCUGUAAGCGCUGUGCGAUGUUGAAUUACAAUUACGCUGGAACAAUGAACAACAAAAUUAAAUAAAGGGGUGCUGUAAAGACGAAUAAAUGUUUGAUGUGUGCGGUGUAACUUGUAAGAGGAUGGUGUUGUGUUGAGCUGUGAUGAUAUUAUGUAUGGUUGUGCUUUAAUAUGGACAUUUUUGCAGUACUGUACUACUUUGUAAUAUCCCCAGACGGGGUUCGUUAUCCAGUGGCUGUUCUUUGGGGUGGUGAAUUUUUAUUUGCCAAUGCGCUGCACCUCUUGCUCUGCGAGAAAGAGUUCCAACAGUUCUGACAGAGGGUAACUGUCAACUGUCCUGCGAUGCUUGUUUUCUUGUACGAGUUUCGUUCUUAUGAAAUGAACUUCGUGGGAUUCAAAUCAGCUUCUAAACAGAAAAUUAUGUUCAUUCAUUUUAGUUGUCUAGCUUGUCAGGUUUGGUUAAUGAAAUGAAGGAUGGGAGAAAAUAUUACUGCUAGUAAUAGAAAUCAGAAUGGAAACAGACGACAAAGAGGGAGACCAAAUAGUAAUGGUCCAACUGCAGUUGCAACCCCGGACUCAGUGUGAACCAUACGAUAAAAGGUCGGGGGUACAAUGGUGAGAUUAGGUACGAGUGGAUGCUACAAAAGCUGAGGUCGUUGUCGCCCCCCUGCAAAGCGUUUCCUCUCCUCCUAAGUUGGUCUACGCCUGAAAAACAGAAUAGAAACUGCCUUUUCUUUCUUCCCGUCUUGGAGAAAUUGUAGCAAUCAGAUACCCAUCGGCGAUCAGUAGUAGGUGACAAAGGUGAAGAGGAAAAUGGCGUGCAUUUCUGCCGUCAUUUCUGUUUCAAAUGUUAACGUUGGUGCUUCAGCAUCUCCAUCACCAUCCUCAUCCUGGUGGCGGCACUGGCACACGCCCAAGCUUCAGAGCAUCACAACGCCCCUCCCCACUGACGCCCUCCCCAUCCCAACCUGCAGCAGGGUUUUCACUUGCUGAAGAUGAAACUCCAAGGCCAGCCUUUUCUCCUCUUGUCCAUCGGCGGAAAGUUGUCCUGUCUUCUGUUGGACUGUUGAUGGCGUCCACUUAUUUCAAUGGAGCCGCCUCUGCCCUGUCUUCUCGAUUCGCUGACAUGCCAGCAUUGAGGGGAAAGGACUACGGCAAGACAAAGAUGCGAUAUCCUGACUAUAGUGAAACAGAAUCAGGUCUACAGUACAAGGACCUGAGAGUAGGAAGCGGGCCAACACCAAAGAUAGGAGAGACAGUUGUGGUUGACUGGGAUGGUUACACUAUUGGAUAUUACGGUCGCAUAUUUGAAGCUCGCAACAAAACGAAGGGUGGUUCGUUCGAGGGGGAUGAUAAGGAGUUCUACAAAUUUAAAAUUGGAUCUGAAGAGGUCAUACCUGCAUUUCAGGAAGCUGUUUCAGGCAUGGCACUUGGUGGUGUCAGAAGGAUUAUUGUUCCCCCAGAACUGGGAUAUCCUGACAAUGACUUCAACAAGAAGGGUCCUAGGCCAACAACAUUUUCGGGGCAGAGAGCCUUGGAUUUUGUGCUGAGAAACCAGGGGUUGAUAGACAAAACUCUCUUGUUUGAUAUUGAGCUAUUGAAGAUCGUCCCUACUUGAGGCCUUCCCUAAUUGAAGAAUGUAUGAAGUAUAUUGUCAGAUUUGUUCACAUACAACAGUACCAAAAGGCGUUUCUUUAUACAACGAUGUAGAGAUGUAGACGACACUAGUAGGGUUGCUAUAUUGUAUUUCAUCCUUGGUAGUUGGCAAGGGACUGUGGUUUGGUUUUACAUGGAAGAAAGGUACCUUGAAUUAGUUGGCACAAUGGCAAUAUGCUCAUGUCGAGUUGGUUUGUGUACGACACCCUCUCAAAAUCUAUAAGCAGAAGAAUUGUAGAAACUUUCAACACAGCUUUGGCUUGCUUACCAUGAAGUUUUUUGAAUGCGCAAGUUUGCUUUAGUCUGUCCCAUAUUUGCUUUGAUGUACAUCUAAAAUAGAAGAAGAUGCUACAUCUAACUGAAGUGUAACUUGAAGUGCCAUGUGAAAAUCUUGCG